AUGCUGCGUCCGCUGCUGCUCGCCGCGCUCUGUCUUGCCGGCCGGCUCGGCCCGAGCGGCGGCUGCCAGCUGCCCUCCGAGUGGAGACCCCUGAGCGAGGGCUGCCGCGCAGAGCUGGCCGAGAUCAUCGUGUACGCCAAAGUGCUGGCGCUGCACCAGGAGGUGUACAGCAUGUACAACUACCUGCCGUGGCAGUACGAGGCCAGCGAUGGGGGGCUCUUCUACUCGGCCGAGAUCGAGAUGCUGUGCGACCAGGCGUGGGGCAGCAUGCUGGAGGUGCCUGCGGGCUCCAGACUCAACCUCACGGGCCUGGGCUACUUCUCGUGCCAUUCCCACACCGUGGUUCAGGAUUACUCCUAUUUCUUCUUCCUCAGGAUGGAUGAAAAUUAUAACCUGUUGCCUCAUGGGGUCAAUUUUCAAGAUGCCAUCUUUCCAGACACUCAAGAGAACAGAAGGAUGUUUUCCAGCCUUUUCCAGUUUUCAAACUGUUCUCAAGGGCAGCAGCUGGCGACUUUCUCCAGUGACUGGGAGAUCCAGGAAGACAAUAGGCUCAUGUGUUCCUCGGUGCAGAAGGCCCUAUUUGAGGAGGAGGACCACGUAAAGAAACUGCAGCAGAAGGUGGCCACCCUCGAGAAGCGAAACAAGCAGCUCCGAGAGCGGGUGAAAAAGGUGAAGCGGUCUUUGCGGCAGGCUCGGAAGAACACCCGCCACCUGGAGCUGGUGAACCAGAAACUCAGCGAGAAACUGGCGGUGCCCGCUGGCCGGAUCCCGCACAUCAACGCCCUGAAGCCGGAACACGCCCGCGCCACCUAUCUACGGGGCUAA